AUGGUCUUUAAAAAUUAUGAAUUAAUGUACAUAUUCAGUAUACUUUUAUUUGACCUUGAUAAGCAGAAAUUAAGCAUGUUUAACAGUGUAAGGCAAGCUAAUGCCCAACAAAUAUUUCCAAUAUUAUCGGGAAAUGCAGAAGAAGAUAAAGUCAAGAUAUCAGCUGAAUGUGGACCUAAAAUGAUCACACUUAAUAUUCAUUUCAACCAGAAAAUGUACCCAGAAGGACAAUUUCACGAAUGGAUUAUUGUUGGUAACACCAUGCGUACAGAAUGCAGGCUAAAAGGUAACGGUGAGCUACGAUAUGUUGUUCAAAUUGCUUUACCUAAUGAUCCUUGCGCUACAAGAAUGAUCUCUGCAGGUGCCUUGAUUUUAUAUUUGAUGUAUUUAGUUAAAUAUUAA